UUUCCACUCGAGCGUCAGUCAGUGAGAAUUUUCCGCAGUGAGCAGACUUUCGCGAUGAUGAUGAAGUUCAAGUUCCCCAAGAAGCUGUUCUGCUUCGAGCUCAAGAUUGGCGCCAUCAUCACAGGAUGGUUCCACUUGCUCUUGUCCCUCCUCGGCGGCAUCCUCGUCCUCAUCAUCCUCUUCAACCACGAGCUCUACAUGCACGCCAUGGAUUACUUCAUCACUGUGGUCGAUAAUGGAACGGAGCUCGUCGUGUUUCAGGACCUGAGCCAGAGGAAUAUCCUGGAGUUGGAGAUGAAGAUCGUGUUCGGGAUUUACCUGUUCAUUUGCAUUGUGAACUUCGUGGCGGCAGCGUUUCUCAUCUACGGCGCUAUGAAGGACAAUCAUCUGCUCCUCGUACCGUGGCUCUCAUCCGAAGUCCUGGGCAUGUUCAUCAUGCUCUGUGCGAUAUUCGUGCGCUGCCCAAUCCUCAUCAUUGUGAUCUUUGUCCGCGUGUACAUUUGGUACUGCAUCUGGACCUUCUAUCGCGACAUGAGGCGCGGCAAGCAGAUGACCGGAUUCCCAAUUGAGCCCCCCAUCGCCUUCGCCACCGGCGAGGCCCCUGCCGGAAAGCCUCCGUCCUAUGGGGACGUCGUGACCUUCAAGUAGGCCCGGAAUUCAGAGUAGAAUCAGUAUCUCAACACUGUUGUAGUCUUCUCACGAGAAUCAAUAAAAUGCAAUCGUUUUACUGUG